AUGCCGCCAAUACCCCGUACACCUCCAGAAAGAAGCUGGUCCACACACUCGGUGGUGUUCUCCCUGACCCGGGAACAAGAUGGAAAGAAAUUGAGCUCCGAGGCCAGAAAUUUCUCCUACAUGGUGAGCGACUUCAUCCUCUUGGGUUUCCCUUGCCACUGGGAAAUACAGAUCUUCCUUUUCUCCAUAUUCUUUAUGACUUACAUCCUGACUCUGCUCGGAAAUAUGGCCAUCGUAUGUGCAGUGCGCUGGGACCACCGUCUCCACACCCCCAUGUACAUUCUGCUGGCCAACUUCUCCUUCCUGGAGAUAUGCUAUGUCAACUCUGACGUGCCCAACAUGCUGGCCAACUUCCUCUCCAGGACCAAAGCCAUCUCCUUCACCCGGUGCCUCCUCCAAUUGUACUUCUUCUUCUCACUGGGCACAACCGAGUGCUUAUUUCUCUCCAUCAUGGCCUAUGACCGGUUCCUGGCCAUCUGCCGCCCCCUGCACUACCCCACUAUCAUGACUACUAAGUUCUGUAAUGGCCUGGUCGUCUUUUGCUGGGUCUAUGGUUUCCUCUGGUUUCUGAUCCCAGUGAUACUCAUCACCCAGCUGCCAUUUUGUGGCCCAAAUGUGAUUGAUGACUUUCUGUGUGACCUGGGUCCCCUGCUGACCCUGGCUUCAGCCUGUGUCCCCAUCCCAGGGACAGUUCUCAUAUGUGGUACCAUGAGCUCCCUCCUCAUUUUUGCUACCUUUUUCUACAUAAUUGGCUCCUACACACUGGUGUUGAGGGCUGUGAUACAGGUGCCCUCUGCUGCCGGCCGGAAGAAGGCCUUCUCCACCUGCUCCUCACACUUGGCUGUCGUGUGUCUAUUCUAUGGAUCAGUCAUGAUGACAUACGUGAGUCCAGGGUCAGGACAAGCAGAGGGUAUGCAGAAGUUCACAACUUUGUUCUACUCAGUUUUGACCCCUUUUUUCAACCCCAUGAUCUAUAGCCUUCGGAAUAAAGAAAUGAAAGAUGCCUUGAAGAAAGUUCUAGGAGGUUCCCCAAAUUGA